AUGGACAACUCCGGCAAAGAGAAGGAGGCCAUGCAGCUGAUGGCUGAAGCCGACAAGAAGGUCAAAAACUCCGGAUCGUUCCUGGGAGGAAUGUUCGGUGGGGGGAACCAUAAGGUGGAGGAUGCUUGUGAAAUGUACGCCCGAGCAGCCAACAUGUUUAAGAUGGCAAAGAACUGGAGUGCUGCAGGCAAUGCAUUCUGUCAGGCCGCCCGGCUUCACAUGCAGCUCCAGAACAAACUGGACUCUGCCACCAGCUUCGUCGAUGCCGGCAACGCCUACAAGAAGGCCGACCCCCAGGAGGCCAUCAACUGUUUAAACCAGGCCAUCGACAUCUACACCGACAUGGGUCGUUUCACCAUCGCAGCCAAACAUCACAUCACUAUAGCGGAGGUUUACGAAUCUGAGCUGGUUGAUAUUGAAAAGGGCAUUGCUCACUAUGAGCAGGCAGCAGAUUACUACAAGGGAGAAGAAUCUAACAGCUCAGCCAACAAAUGUCUCCUGAAGGUCGGACACUACAGCGCUCAGCUGGAGCAGUACCCCAAAGCUAUCGAAAUCUACGAACAGGUUGCCAUGAGCACCAUGGACAAUCCUUUGUUGAAGUACAACGCUAAAGAGUAUUUCUUCAAGGCCUCGCUGUGUCACUUCAUAGUGGACGAACUGAAUGCCAAGUUGGCCCUUGAGAGAUACGAGGAGAUGUUUCCAGCUUUCUCAGACUCCAGAGAGCUCAAACUGUUAAAGAAACUGCUAGAAGCCCACGAGGAGCAGAACUGCGAGGCGUUCACCGAGGCCGUCAAGGACUUCGACUCGGUGUCUCGUCUGGACCAGUGGCUGACCACCAUGCUGCUGCGCAUCAAGAAGACCAUCCAAGGAGACGCCGGGGACCUGAAAUAG